AUGACGCCGGUGCCCGUCAUCUCGCUGCCCAAAGCUACGGAGGCCGAACACUUCGUGAUCCAUUCCGAUGUCGGGACCCCUUCGGGGUCCAUGCCGGGCCUUCCAAGGCAGCGCCGUCGGGACAACCUGAGCCGGAGGAAGCCCUCGCCGACCUCCGAGGGGCAACAGAGGCCGGGAAGCUCGGAGAAGCCAGAGCCCAGACUGGAGUCAGCUGUUUCGGCUGUCGAGCCCGACGUGGCCCGGGCAUCUCCCACUUCCCGGCUGCGUCGCGAGAAUGACGUCUUGCGCAUGCAGGUGCAAGCUCUGCGAGAGGUCCAGGAACAGACGGCAGAGAUCCACUGGCAGGUCAUCUCAGACAUUGUGGCGGAGCGGAACCUCUACGAAUCACGGUGGCGCGAGGCCGUGGCUUCCGAAAUCAGGCCAUCGAGGAAGACGGUGUCCCUAACCACUUCCAGCGCCUCCACUGCCACAGAGACGGCGCCGCCUGCACCAGUUGCAUCAUCCGCGCCAGCUGUGCCGUCUGCGCCGAGGUCCGUUCCCGCACGGGUUUACACACUCACGCCCAGCCUCUGCCGCCGGGUUUGGCAGCGGCCAGUUGUGGAUCGCCUUCUGAGGUCGCCCACUCCGGUCCCCGUGACCAGCUACACCUUGCGCCCCAGCUCUCUGUACACUUGCGCCGGCACCCCGGCUCCAUCAGAUGGCCGGAGGUCACCGGUGCCCUCUCAGGCUGCGCCGAUGAGGGUGACGUCGGUGGAGCAGCCUUCAGUCAUCCGCAGUGCAGUUCGCCUUCGGAGUGCGCCGGUCGUGAGCCCAGCUCUGGCGAAGGCGCCAGCUGCAAGUGAGCCCACUGGGCCGACUGUGUCAGAGCCAUCUCUGGUGACGACGAAACCCCUGGAGGCGAGCAAGAUCCUUGCGUUGCCAACCCCUUGUCGGCAAGGAGGACGUGCGCGCAGCAAGGACAAGGAGAAGCGGCGAUGCUCACGCUGUGGUUUCGAGGAGGCCAUCGAUAAAGGCUGCUGCACGCCGUCGGCCUGA